GUGUGGGUGGCGCUGGGGGCCCGGGGCCAGCAUCAUGGAGGCCCCGCGAUCCCCAAUGCUGCUGCUGCUGGCGGUCCUGGGAGCCCUGUGGGCAGGAGGCAACACGUUUGAGACCCACAUCAUUGGGGGUCGAGAGGCUGCCCCCAACUCACACCCAUACAUGGUCUCGCUGCAGAAAUCCGGCUCCCACCUGUGUGGAGGGGUCCUCGUGCACCGGCAGUGGGUGUUGACAGCUGCCCACUGCCUGACCCAUCCGACACAGCUGCUGAGGCUGGUGCUGGGGCUCCACGUGCUCGGAAACCCUGGCCUUACCUGCCGCAUCAGGGAGGUGGUCCUGCACCCCGAAUACAAGCCAGCCCCCCAUCUGAAGAAUGACCUCGCGCUGGUUAAGCUGGAUGGGAAGGUGAAGCCCAGCAAGACCAUCCGGCCCCUGGCCUUGCCCCGAGGACGCCAGGCAGUGGCCGCAGGAGCGCGGUGCAGCGUGGCUGGCUGGGGUCUGACCCACCAGGGUGGGCAGCUGGCCAGGGCGCUGCAGGAGCUGGACAUGCAUGUGCUGGACGCCAAGAUGUGCAACAACAGUCGGUUUUGGCACGGUGGCAUCAGCCCCCACAUGAUCUGCCUGGCGGCCCACUCCAAGAACCAGGCCCCCUGCAAGGGGGACUCGGGAGGACCCGUAAUGUGCAGCAGAGGCCAAGUGGCCGGAAUCCUGUCCUUCAGCUCUACGGUCUGCACCGACAUCUUCAAACCCCCCGUGGCCACCGCCGUGGCCCCCUAUACGUCCUGGAUCAAGAAGAUCAUCGGCCACUAGCGACCCACCUCCCUAACCCAACCCUCCAGAGAUGGCCCGACUCCCCUCCUGUGCGCCAGCAGGAUUGCAGUGAGGGGCAGCCGGUGGCCUGCAUGUGUCAGGGAACCAAUAAACUGUA